UACAAAGGUUCGGAAUUCAGCUGAGAUAGAGAGAAAGAGAGACCGCAGCAAAAUGUCGUCGCUUUUGCAGUCACUUUUGGAUCCUAAGAAAAGCUGGUUGGCAUCUCUGCAUAUGAAAUCCCUUACCAGCCGCCUCCGCAAAUACGGCCUUCGUUACGACGAUCUGUACGAUCCUUACUACGAUUUGGAUAUCAAGGAGGCGUUGAACCGUCUGCCUCGUGAGAUCGUCGAUGUCCGUCACCAACGCCUCAAGCGUGCAAUUGACCUCUCCAUUAAGCACGAGUAUCUCCCCGAAGAUCUUCAGAAAAUGCAGACACCAUUUAGGAGCUAUCUUCAAGAUAUGCUUGCUCUCGUGAAGAAGGAAAAUGCAGAGCGUGAAGCUUUGGGAGCUUUGCCUCUGUAUCAGCGAACCAUUCCUUGAGGGAUUUUUAGAGGCACCU